AUAAGAAAGUGAAGCUCAGACAGUCGUUGCCUCUGAGAGCUGAAAUGGCGCAGAACGAUCAGCUGGACCGAGAAACACUCAGCUGUUCCAUCUGUCUGGAUCUACUGAAGGAUCCGGUGACUAUUCCCUGUGGACACAGCUACUGUAUGAGCUGUAUUAAAGGAUGCUGGGAUGGAGAGGAUCAGAGGAAGAUCUACAGCUGCCCUCAGUGCAGACAGACCUUCACACCGAGGCCUGUCCUGAAUAAAAACACCAUGUUAGCAGCUUUAGUGGAGCAGCUGAAGAAGACUGGACUCCAAGCUGCUCCUACUGAUCACUGCUAUGCUGGACCUGAAGAUGUGGCCUGUGAUGUCUGCACUGGGAGGAAGCUGAAAGCCUUCAAGUCCUGUCUGCAGUGUCUGAUCUCUUACUGUGAGAAGCACCUUCAGCCUCAUUACACUGUUGGUCAAUUUAAGAAACACAAGCUGGUGGAGCCCUCCAAGAAGCUCCAGGAGAACAUCUGCUCUCGUCAUGAUAAAGUGAUGGAGAUAUUCUGCCGUACAGAUAAGAAGUGUAUCUGUUAUCUGUGCACUAUGGAUGAUCAUAAAGGCCACGACACAGUCCCAGCUGCAGCAGAAAGGACUGAGAGGCAGAGAGAGCUCGAGGUGAGUCGACUAAACAUCCAGCAGAGAAUCCAGCACAGAGAGAAAGAUGUGAAGCUGCUUCAACAGAAGGUGGAGGCCAUCAGUCCGUCUGCUGAUAAAGCAGUGGAGGACAGUGAGAAGAUCUUCACUCAGCUGAUCCGUCUCCUCCAGAAAAGAAGCACUGAUGUGAAGCAGCAGAUCAGAUCCCAGCAGGAAACUGAAGUGAGUGGAGUCAAAGAGCUUCAGGAGAAGCUGCAGCAGGAGAUCACUGAGCUGAAGAGGAAAGACGCUGAACUGAAGCAGCUCUCACACACAGAGGAUCACAACCAGUUUCUACACAACUACCCCUCAGUGUCACAACUCAGUGAAGCUACAGACUCAUCCAGCAUCAAUAUCCGUCCUCUGAGAUACUUUGAGGAUGUGACAGCAGCUGUGUCUGAGCUCAGAGAUAAACUACAGGACAUCCUGAGGGACAAAUGGACAAACAUCUUACUACCAGAACCAGAACCAGAGCCCAAGAUCAGAGCUGAGUUCUUAAAAUAUUCACGUGAAAUCACUCUGGAUCCAAACACAGUAAACACAUGGCUGUUAUUAUCUGAUGGGAACAGAAAAGUAGAAUGUAUGAGACAACAGUCUUAUUCUAGACACACAGACAGAUUCAUUAAUCAGUGUCAGGUCCUGAGUAAAGAGAGUCUGACUGGACGUUGUUACUGGGAGGUUGAGUGGAGCGGAGGACAGGGAGUUCAUGUAGCAGUCUCAUACAAGAAUAUCAGCAGAGUAGGAGGUGAAUCUCGAUUUGGAUGUAAUGACAAAUCUUGGUCUUUACGUUGUUCCACUAACAGUUAUGUAUUUUGCUUCAACAACAUUAGAACUCCCGUCUCAGGUCCUGGUUCUUCCAGAGUCGGAGUGUACCUGGAUCUCAGAGCAGGUAUUCUGUCCUUCUACAGCGUCUCUGAAACCAUGACUCUCCUCCACAGAGUCCAGACCACAUUCACUCAGCCUUUAUAUGCUGGACUUCAUGUUUAUCCUUUAUCCACAGCUGACUUGAGUGAAGUGAAAUAG